AUGUCACCAGCAACGCUGCCCUUGGGUCAAUACCUCUUCAGACGGAUCCGGCAAUUAGGAACCGAACACAUUCUUGGGGUUCCGGGCGAUUUCCAGCUCACUCUUCUUGAUGAGAUCUACAACACCCCCGGUCUCAAAUGGGUGGGCUGCUGCAAUGAGCUCAACGGUGCCUACGCCGCUGAUGGCUAUACCCGCAUAAAAGGGUCGCCGGCGGUGCUUGUGACAACUUAUGCCGUGGGAGAACUGUCUGCCAUGAACGGGGUUGCAGGUGCCUAUGCCGAGCAUGCUGGAAUGAUUCACAUUGUGGGCAUGCCGGCAAGAACCCUGCAAAAAAGCCGCGCCAUGCUGCAUCAUACUUUCGAGCCAAAUAUGGAUCCUGCUGUUUAUAUUCAGAUGGCUGGACCCAUCCGCAAGACCCAUGCCUACUUGAUGGACGACGAGACCAUGGCAGAAGAAAUCGAUCGCGUCAUUGUCGCCUGCGUCCGGAGCAGACUCCCCGUCUACAUAUACGUACCAGUUGAUGUUGUCUCUGUGCCGCUGGAUGCGUCGCGGUUGGAAACUCCUCUCGACACUGCAAUUCGCAACGCGGAUAGCGAGAUCGAAGAUCGCAUCGUCCACUCCGUUCUCUCAGAGAUCGAAAAGGCCUCGGACCCUGUGAUACUGGCUGAUGUCCUGGCCAUCCGUCACGGUGGACGAGAUUUGACGAGAAAGCUGGCAGAGAUCACCCAGUUCCCAAGUUACACCACGCCACUGUCCAAAGGGAUCAUUGACGAGAAUGCCCCAUACUUCAAUGGAGUGUACAAUGGGAAAGUGUCGUUUCCAGGAGUCGCCGAACGAGUCGAAGGUUCAGAUCUAGUCUUGAAUCUCGGUCCUCUCCUGUCAGACUCAAACACUGGAGGAUUCUCGAGAACGAUCAAAGACGACAACCUGAUCCAUCUUGGUCAUGAUUUCUGUCAAGUCAAGGGGGAAAAGUUCGAUGGUGUCCAUUUCCUACCCGUCUUGCAACGGCUUGUCGGCGAGCUGGAAUCCCAGCCUCGGAAAUACAAGUUGCCCCGGCCGCAGGAAAAGCCCCGACUUGAACCUCCUGUGCUGAAUAACGCUAGUUCGGGCGAGAUCAAGCAGUCAUAUGUUUGGCAACGUCUCGGCCGGUUUUACAAGGAGAACGACAUCAUCCUCACAGAAUCUGGAACGGCGCAGUUCGGGACGCCGGACGCCACAUUUCCACCGAACGCAAAGUACGUCACUCAAAUCUUCUGGUCAUCGAUUGGUUACACCGUCGGAUCCUGUCUGGGAGUACUCGUUGCUGCAAAAGAGCUCAACCAUUCCGGACGUGUAGUAUUGAUUGUGGGCGAAGGAAGUCUGCAAAUGACAGUCCAGGAGAUCGGCACUUAUAUUCGCUACGGCUUCAAACCUAUCAUCUUUGUGAUCAACAACAAGGGCUAUUCGAUUGAAAGGGCCAUCCACGGGCCGCAGCAGGAGUACAAUGAUGUGAGCUUGUUGUGGGAUUAUCAGAAGAUGCUCGAAUUCUUUGGCGCAAGGGAAGAGAAUGGAAUCAAAGCCAAGAGCCGAGCUGUGAAGACAGUGGAGGAGCUGGAAGCGGUGUUGGGCGAUGAUGAUUUCGCAAGUGGCGACAGUAUCCAGCUCUGCGAAAUCCACAUGGACAAGUUCGACUACCCUUGGAGACUGGCGAAGCAAGUUGAGCUUAUUGGUGAACGUAUGAAGAAGGCCGCCUCUUCAUAA